AAGUGAAAAAAAGAAGGAGAAUUAGCCAUUGAGCCUUUAUAAAUUGCCCCAAAAGUAGAACCGAGCUCGCCACACUCCAAGAAAGGCCUUGCCUUUGCCUCUUCUUUGUCAUCUCAUCUAUUUUCUCUCUCUUCCUCUCUACCAAAACCUUCCUUGCAAUGGAUCCAUACAAGUACCGACCUUCAAGUUCUUUCAACUCUCCUUUCCUGACCACAAAUGCCGGAGCUCCGGUUUACAACAACGAAUCUGCUUUAACGGUCGGAGCUAGAGGUCCAAUUCUGCUUGAGGAUUAUCAUCUGGUGGAGAAAAUUGCCAACUUCACCAGAGAAAGGAUGCCGGAGCGCAUUGUCCACGCCAGGGGAGCCAGUGCCAAGGGGUUCUUUGAGGUGACACAUGAUGUCUCUCACCUCACUUGUGCCGACUUCCUCCGAGCUCCCGGAGUUCAGACACCUGUCAUUGUCCGCUUCUCCACCGUCAUCCACGAGCGCGGCAGCCCUGAAACCAUUAGAGACCCUCGCGGUUUUGCAACCAAGUUUUACACUAGAGAGGGUAACUUUGACAUUGUGGGAAACAACUUCCCUGUGUUUUUCAUCCGUGACGGGAUCCAAUUCCCGGACGUGAUCCACGCUUUCAAACCCAACCCCAAGUCCCACAUCCAAGAGUACUGGAGGGUGCUUGACUUCUUGUCCUUCCACCCAGAAAGCAUGCUCACCUUUGCCUGGCUAUUUGACGAUGUCGGCAUCCCAAUCAACUACAGGCACAUAGAAGGCUUUGGUGUUCACACCUUCACUUUCAUCAAUAAGGCUGGCAAAACAACCUUUGUCAAAUUCCACUGGAAGCCCACUUGCGGAGUCAAGUCUCUGUUGGAGGAAGAUGCCAUUAGAAUUGGAGGAACCAACCACAGCCAUGCCACUCAGGAUCUCUACGAAUCAAUUGCUGCCGGAAACUACCCUGAAUGGAAACUCUACGUCCAAACGCUUGAUCCUGCGGAUGAGGACAAAUUCGACUUUGACAUACUUGACACCACCACAAUCUGGCCCGAGGACCUCAUCCCUCUGCAGCCAGUUGGUCGCUUGGUCCUCAACAGGAACAUUGACAAUUUCUUUGCUGAGAAUGAGCAGCUUGCCAUGAACCCUGCCCAUGUUGUCCCUGGUAUCCACUACUCAGAUGAUAAAAUGCUCCAGGCCCGUCUCUUCGCCUACAGUGACACUCACAGAUACCGUAUCGGUGUGAACUAUCUUCAACUCCCAGUUAAUGCUCCCAAGUGUGCUCAUCACAACAACCACUAUGAUGGUGCAAUGAACUUCAUGCACAGGGAUGAGGAGAUUGAUUACUUCCCAUCAAGGUAUGAUCCUGUCCGCCAUGCCGAGAGGUUCCCACUUCCUCCUGCUAUCAUCAAUGGAAGGCGUGAAAGGCGCACUAUUCCGAAGGAGGACAACUUCACACAAGCUGGAAUCAGAUACAGAUCUUGGGCACCAGACAGGCAAGAGCGGUUCGUCAAAAGAUGGGUCGAUGUGUUGGCUGACCACCGUGUCACACAUGAGGUCCGCAGCAUCUGGAUCUCCUACUUGACUCAGACGGACAAGUCUCUUGGUCAGAAGGUUGCUACUCGUCUGAAUGUGAGGCCAAGUAUCUAAGACUAAGAGUUAGAUGCUUCUUCCAGAGAUGUGUUUUUAAAGCUUCUUAAGAGUGUGCAACAACAAGAAGAAGAAAACAAUGAGCAAGAGAGAAGAGAGCUAGUUAUCUAUAUGGAAUGGAAGGAUGAAUAAUAAUGUUGUUAAUCCUCUGAAUGUCUCUGUUUAUUUCAUGUUCCAAAACUCUCAUGUACCAUAUUUAUCAAUCAAAUAAAUGCUGGUUGUUGUAUAAGCCAGUUUUUA